CUAUUUCCGACUGUAUAUAAAUUGCUUGUCAAAAUACGUGGCUGAAAGGUUUAAGAAUUUUUUUGUUGGGCGUCAGUGAUCUGUAAAUAAAUAUACACAAGUAUCCUAUGUUUUAAAUUGUAUCAAUAUCAAUAUGGGACUUUGUAAAUGCCCUAAACGUCGUGUAACGAACCAGUUCUGCUUUGAACACAGAGUGUGCGUUUGUGAAAAUUGUAUGGUAACAAAUCAUCCAACUUGUGUGGUACAAUCCUACCUCCAGUGGUUGCAAGAUAGUGACUACAAUUCAAUUUGCGAACUGUGUAGUAAACAACUUAAUGUGGAAGACUGUAUAAGAUUAACCUGUUAUCAUGUAUUCCACUGGUCUUGUUUGGAUCAUUACUCAAGACAGUUGCCUGCUACAACAGCACCAAGAGGUUAUACAUGUCCUUCAUGUAAAAGCCCAUUGUUUCCACCCCCAAACCUAGUAAGCCCUGUUGCAGAUGUACUGAAGGAAAAGCUGGCAGGAGUAAAUUGGGCUAGAGCUGGUUUAGGACUGCCCCUGUUAUCAGAAGACAGAGAAAUAAAAACCAAUAUCAGCCAUAUUAACUCAUCACUCUCACCAAGUUCAAGAAUAGCAACUAGUCCAUCACAUUCAAUAGUUAAUGUAGAUGAACAUGGACCAUUUAAUAGGACAGAAAACUAUCACAACUCUUCUAGCCGGAAAUCUUUUCGUGAUAUCCGGGAAGCAAAAUCUAUGGGCUUUGAUCAUGAUGAUGAUAAAUAUAAAAGAAGGCCAAUUUUAGAACUCAUUAGUACUUGGUGGAAGAUAACAUUUGGUGCUCCAUUAAGAUCAAGAGCGGGAAGGUCAAUAUAUAGACGGUACUGUUUGUUGGGAACUAUAAUAGUAAUAGGAGUAAUUUUGUUUUUGUAUAUGAUGUCAAAACUUGGAAGGUACUCCACUGAAAAUGAUCCCAAUUUAGAUGUAAACCAAAAUUCAUUUAUUGCAGUCAAGGAUAGCUAAAAUAUGUUAAUUUUAAGUUAUAAAUAGUGUAUAGGUAAGUGUAAUGUUAUUUAAUUUUUUGCUGUAUCACUACAUAAAUUAAAAAGUUUCCUUUAGUGGAAGAAAAGCAGCUAGCAUACCUAAAAAACAGUUUUUAGACUUUCUGUAUC